AUGGACGUACCAACUCAGGCAGGGAGCAAAUUCACCCUUCCUCUGCGUUUUAGUUCUAUUCAGGCUCUCAGUGGAUUGGAUGAUGCUCAUCCACACCGGGCCAAACCUGGCCCAAAGGGGUUGUCCCUACAGCAUGAACAAGUGUCUCAAUAUAGCAGUGAGCCAACUGUGUCACCCAAGACUGAUGUAACAGAAUCUCCUGUUAAAUGGGGUGUCUCAUAUGAUCAAUUGACUGAAGAACAACAAAAACAUACCUGGUUUACGGAUGGUUCUGCCAAAAUGAUAUCGAGCUCACGGAAAUGGAAAGCAGUUGCCUAUAACCCAUCCACCCAACAAACAAUUGUCACCACUGGAGAUAAUAUGAGUAGCCAAUAUGCUGAACUUUAUGCGGUGUAUCAGGCACUUCAACAAGAACAGGGGCAACAAUGUCAUAUAUAUACUGAUUCGUGGGCAGUGGCACAAGGUUUGGCAACGUGGAUGCCACAAUGGAAAAAACAUGAUUGGAAAAUUAAUGAUAAAGAAAUAUGGGGAAAGAAAUUAUGGGAAGACAUAUGGUUAUGGUGUCAAAACACAAUUGUUACUGUAUUUCAUGUUGAUGCUCACAGUUCUUUAAUUUCUGCAGAACGAAAGCAUAAUUCUCAUGCUAAUCAGCUGGUGCAGAUUCGUGCAACGCACAACCCAGGCUUAGCACAAUGGGUCCACGAAAAGAGUGGACACUUGGGAGAACAAGCUUCAUACAGAUAUUCCUGCUGUGUUUACUAUGCUGUGCUGCACUUCCAUGUCUGCUGCAGACCUACACGCCAACUAAUGUCUCCGUAGGACAACCUUUGACCCUGCACUGCUGGACCAACUGCUCUACACCAGUGGGACCUAUAACCUGGACUAUGAAUGGCCGAGAAAUUUGGUCUCAGAAACAUCAAGCAAUCUCUCGGUACAAGCCUAUAUCUGACCAGUCACGCAGAACUAGUUAUAAUUUCUCCAUUGCUCUGUCUUCUGUUACCCUCCGUGAUGGGGGCUGGUAUUCUUGUAUUAAAUGGAAGAAGGGAAAUCCAGAUUCCCCGUUUCUUAAAGAAACUCGAUUUAUUAGCAUCCUUCCUAAUGCCACUACUCCUCUUAAAAACACUAAUCUGUGGUUACAUUUAGCUCAUACAGUUCUUAAUGAAACUGCUUUUU